UCCCCCCUCUCGUCUCAUGUCGACCACUGUCACCUCACCCCCACACCAUGUUUAGCUCUGCCUGCUAUAAGACACAAAGGACGGCGUAUUCACACUCACAGUCAGAUUCACACAUGCAGCAUUAAGAGGGAAAAAGCAUCCUUCAGCCAACUUGGCAGCAUGUUCCUGUCGAAUAUUUGCAUCUGCGUCGGCCUCAUUCUGUCCGUCUCUCAGUUUGCACAUCAGUCGUGCACCGAGGGGACACCCAAGCAGUGCAAGGAUGCAGAAGUGGCUCCAGGUACCAAUCUGGCCGGGGAGGGCUUUGACAUCACCACCCUGGAACGCAAGGGAGCCUUCGUACUGGACAUGAAUCAGUGGGAACGCAAGGACAAAAAAUGCGUCCUGUGCAGCAAUCCCUUUGUGGAGAACAAACAGCAAAAGCUCCCCUUGUCCGUGGUGGACUGGAGGUCCAAACAGUUAUGCAGCAUGAAAGUGUCCAGUAAACUCCACAAGUCCAGUGAGUCUGUGGUCAGUUCCAGCACCUCCUCUAUUGAAAACAACUGGCAGUCCAAUCUCGACGUUGGAGUGCUUAACAAAGGCGCCUCACUGAUGUUGGCUGGCACUCACUCGAAACUGGCUGAUUAUUCUAUGGCCAAAAGCAAGAAUGACAAGUUCAGCUUCACGAGCCAAGGCAUCAUGUGUGAGUACUACAGUUACAGAGUAUCCACCACUCACCACAUCAAACACAGAGACUUUAGAAAAGCUGUGAACGAUCUCCCUAAACAUUACUGCCCAGAAUCUAAAGAAAAAUAUUACCACCUGAUUAAAGACUUUGGAACUCAUUACAUCACGAAGGUGAAGUUGGGUGGAAGUAUUCAGUCUGUGACCAGCAUCAGGCAGUGCCAGGCCAGCCUGCAGGGCCUCAGUGCAGAGGAGGUGCAGAUGUGCCUGGAAGUGGAAGCGUCCGGCAGCACAUCGACAGUCACAGCGAAAAGUCAACUGAAACACUGCAAGAAUGACGUUGAGAAGUCGGACAGCAAGUCAUCGUUCUCUGACCUCUUCAGCGACAGGUUCACAGAGAUAAAAGGAGGCCACACCACUGAGUUUGACCUACUGUUCUCUGCUGACAAAAAUCCCUCUGCCUUUAAGGAAUGGCUGAACACGCUCCCACAGUUUCCAGACAUCAUUUCAUAUUCUCUGGACUCACUCCACGAGUUACUGCCCCCUAAGUCGCCUGUGCGUAAAAACCUGCGCUCAGCCAUUAGCCAUUACAUCCUGGAAAGAGGCCUGUGGAGGAACUGCAGUAACGCCUGUCAGGACGGCAUCAAGAGUGAUCCAAGAAAUCCUUGUGUCUGCCAGUGUCACAAUAACCCUGCGGUAAACUCAGACUGCUGCCCGAGCCGUAAAGGCAUGGCACGAGUCAUCAUCACCGUACAACGGGCGUUUGGUCUUUGGGGUGACUCGAUGACAGCCACAGAUGCUUAUGUGAAGGUGUUCUUCAACGGGAAGAUGCUCCAGCGGUCUCGCGUCAUAAACAACCACAACAACCCACACUGGGGCAUGGUGGUUGACUUGCCCGCUCAGGACUUGUCCUCGGGUCAAAAGGUGAGAUUCGAAGUGUGGGAUGAGGACAACAAAUGGGACGACGACCUGUUGGGAGAGUGUGAGCAGAAUCUGACUCCUGGAGUCAAGGAGGACGUGUGCGCUCUGCAGCACGGCCGGCUCUUCUACAAACUGGAGAUGACGUGCGCUCCAAGUCUGACCGGAAACUCCUGCAGUGAGUAUAAACCUUCGCCGAUGAGUCAACGUCUGAGCAAGCUGUAUGUGUCCCGUCACGCUCACCCUAUUCCAAAGGACAUCCUGUUAGAGAUGGGUGUGUUUGUGGACCCGCCGAGUUCUCAGAGAAACCAGAGUCUUACAGUGGAGAAUUAACAGUGUAUAAGAAAUACAAGAUGCAUAUCAGUUAUGGAGUUAUGUUCUGUAUAUACUGUUGUUGUUUUUUGGUUUGUUUUUUUCCAGUUUAAUGUUCUAGUUAGUCCCCAAUUUGAAUUUUGUGUAUUCUUUCUGAAUUGUGUUUGAUAGAAAGCGCUAUUAAUGGCCCGAUCAGACAAAAUGUACUGUUGUAAAUGUCAGAACAAACAUGUAUAAAUCACAUAGAUGCAUAGAAAACUAAAGAAAAACUGCCCUUGUGAAGCCUUGAGAUUCAUGAUGUGACGACACCGUGGCAGUUUUAUCGCGGGUGAUGUUUACCGACAUCACCCGCUGUCAAUCACACUGGCGUCCACUCAAACGUGAUGCAUGUCUUUAUCGGCUAUUGUCUUCUAAGUGGGGACAUUAUUGACAAAAGUGACAUCCUGUUCUAUUGAGGCAGACCUGAAAAUAGUGAGAGAGAUCAUUAACUCCACAGGAGCUCAAAGCAUAAACAGUGAACCAUCUUUAUCUUGUAGAUGUUGAAAUGUGACUUACUAUAUUUGCAAAUGUAUACAGUUUAUAACAUGUGACAUCACUUUGUGUUAUUUUCAUGAAAUAUUUUAUGAAAUUUCAGCAUGACGUUUGUAUUAAUCCCAAUUAAAGCAAAAUAUCUGUCUGCAGUUUGUAGCAUUUGAUGUAA